CUUUUCGACGUCAAGGUUUCCAGUAUUGUAGAGAGCCAUUCCAAUCACCAAUCUUUACCCCCAACUUCAGACCCCAGGUAAAGGAAUGGGCUCACUCAGUGCAGCAAAUGCACAGUUCUGCUUUGAUGUCUUUAAAGAGAUGAGCUAUGACCACACAGUGGAGAAUCUCUUCUUUUCUCCCUUGAGUCUCCUGUCUGCCCUGGCUGUGGUGCUCUUUGGGGCCAGAGGUGACAGUGCCUCUCAAAUGGAAAAGGUGCUUCACUUGAGUGAAUUAACAGGAACUGGAAACGCUUCAAACGCAAAGUGUAAACAAGAUACAGGGAUCCAUUCACACAUUCAAGCACUCCUCUCUGAAAUCAACCUGUCUAGACACAGUCAAGCCCACAUGGCAAGUGGAAUAUUUGCAGAAGAAGCCCAUCCAUUCCUCCCGAAAUAUUUAGACUGUAUUGAACAAUUAUAUAAACUGAAACCUGAAAAUUUGGAUUUCAAAAAUAAUUUAGAAGAAGCCAGAAUGCAGAUUAACUCAUGGAUUGAACAUGAGACAAAGGGUGAGAUCAAGGGCCUAUUGUCACCCAACAGCCUCACAUCUUCUGAUCAGUUGGUGAUAGUUAAUGCCAUCUCCUUCAGAGGGACCUGGAAGUAUGCAUUUCAGAAAGACCAAACCACAGCAAUGGCUUUCAGAUUGGAUGAGUCCCGGAGCAAACCUGCGCAGAUGAUGCGGCUGCAAGGGCACUUUAAACUGGGCUCCAUAAAGGAGCCUCGGGUCCAGGUCCCUGAAAUGCCCGACGCUGAGGAUCACCUGAGUAUGGUCAUCAUCCUACCCAGAGAGGACAUCAGCCUAGGGCAGAUUACCAAGGAAAUCACUUAUGAAAAACUAAAAAGCUGGAUAGGCCCAGCCAACAUGAAGGACACAGCUGUGGUUCUGCACCUGCCCCAGCUCAGACUUGAUGAGCGCCGUGAAGAUCUAACUUUCAUAUUGGCGGCUUUGGGAAUGACUGAUGUCUUUGACUACUCAAGGGCUGACUUGUCUGGCAUAACUGCAGGAAGAGGGCUUGUGGUCUCCAAGAUAAUACAUAAGGCCGUACUAGAGGUUACUGAGGGUGGUUCAGAGUUCACACUUACCAACCAAACAAGCAAAGUGGAAAAUUCUGAAAUCUUCAAAGUGGAUCGUCCUUUCCUCUUCUUUAUCCUACACAAGGAAACGAAGACGAUUCUUUUCUAUGGCAGGGUCUCCACCCCUUAAGGAAGGGCAUGAAUUUAUACUCAAACAACUUUCUGCUUCUUCAAAUUAGCUGGACUUUAUGAGCCUGUAGAAUUCACUCAGUCUAGGUACAACUGAAAGACAUAAACCAUGCUUCUUAGCAAUUUUUUUUUUUUAACUAUCUCACAUAGAAUAUUCAUCUCAUCCUUCCUUGCUUCGGUUUACAUUGGUUAAACAAGUUAUAGCAUGCCAUUAAUUGUACUUAUUAAAAAGUUAUGAUCAACACCACUUUUUUCUUAGGUAGCCUUCAACUUAUGCAGAACCUCAUUUAUAGCUAAAACUCGGAAUGCCUUUUUUGAAAGAAACAUUAUGCAGUGUGAUUAGGUUACCAAGUUAGUUCUUGAAAAUGUGUUUACCUCACUUGCAGCUGAAUUAAUGACAUUAGUAAGAGGAGCUAACCUUCACUGGGUGUGUGGUAUGUGUCAGACACCAUAUGGAUGACCUACUUUAAUUCUCACCAAAACCCUGAGAGGCAGGAAUUAUUGUUUUCUCCAUUUUAAAGUUGGGAAACUGAGACUUAGGUUUGGUAAUUGAACACACAAGUAGCAAGUGACAGACUGGGUUUUCAAACCCAAAAGUUUUGGUACAAGACCCGUACGCUUGACCAUGAUCAACCCUGUCCUCUUCACAAUUCUGUAUCCUAAGGCUCAGAGCCAGGGCUGCCAUGGUAGAAAACGAAAUAGAAAGAAAAAGAAGGGAGUAGUUUUCCUCCUUUCCCUCCUAUAGGAAUGGGCACAGUUUAGAAAUAGCCUUUAUAGAACAUUUUCAAGUUUCCAAAGAAGUUUCAUACUUGAAAUCAUUUAAU